AUGAACUGCAGCGAGAGCCAGCGGCUGCGAACCCUCCUGAGCCGCCUGCUGCUUGAGCUGCACCCGGGCAACAUCAGUGGCCUGGGCGCCGGCCCCAGCCCAAGCAUGGGCAUGGGGGUCGUGCCUAACCCCUCCGUGGGCCGCGAGGUGACCAGCAUCAAGGGUGAUGACGCCUAUCUCUACAUCCUGUUCAUCAUGAUCCUCAAUGCCUGCCUGGUCGGAGGCCUCAUCCUGGUCUACAACCUCUCGCGCAAGCUCGUCGAGGCCAAGGAUGAACCGUCCCAGGCCUGUGCCGAGCACCAGUGGGUCGCGAGUGGCACCCUGGCCGCUGCUGACGCCGAAACUGCCACUGGUUCGCCGGCAGAGGGCCGCCACAAGCUCGCUCCCAGAGGGCUCUCCUCCCUCACCCAGGGCACCGAGGGAGUCUAG